AUGUCCAAGGAUGACGAACCCUCGUACAUUGACUAUGAAGCCUUUCUCGACCCCGACUUCUCGGCAACUUCCUUUGCGAACACGCUCGUGCUGUCCACCAACAAUCCCUCGGAUACCCCGCUAGACUUGUCCACACCACUUUCCCGCGUCCUCUUCGAUGUCCAGGAAGUCGACACCCACAUCGACACUCUUACCACCAAAUCCGCAUUGCCGCUGCUAGAGCAUACGAGAGACCAUGCAGAGUCUAGCGGGCGCAUCUUGCACGAGGUGGAGGGCCAGGUUGCAAGCUUGACCGAGUCGUACAAGACGCUGGAAAAGGAGGUUAUCGAGCGAUAUGAAGUUGCAGAGCAGGUGCGAUUGACUGCGGAAAGGCUGUGCGAGACAGUUAAGCUCGGCAGAGCAGUAGCGCGAUGUCUCAUGCUUGGCAGACAGCUCGAGGUGCGCAUGUCGGAGCUGGGAGGCGUGGGCAGCGCAAGGAAGGAAGACCACCGAGCCAUGGUGAGAUCUGCCGACACGAUACUCUCGUUGCGGCAGAUAUUCCGGGCCUCGAAGCAAGGCGAGGAGGGCGAGGGCCUCGACAAGGUCAACGCCAUCAACACGCUCAGGAACGACCUGGUGAUACCCGGCGAGCGCAGCAUAUCCUCACGCGCACAGCAGGUGAUCAAGGAGUUCUCCAUGUCCUCACUGUUAUCGUCUUCGGGUCAAGGUUCGGCCUCUACAUUUGCGCAGACUGAAGACACCAAGUCGAGGACCACAUCUGCGCUGCUCACGCUGUACCUGCUGUCUCCGACGUCGGCGAAGACCACUAUAGAGACCUUUGACCCUUCGCUAAUGUUCAAUGCGCUGCAAGACUACCUGCAGACACAGCUGAAGUCGUCACUGGCGUCAUUGGCGCGUGCACUUGCCCAGCUUCCUACGUUGGAGCGCACACUGCUCGAGAUCUCCGCCCGUUGUCAGAACAUCGUAGCUCUACAAUCGCUUCUCGAGUCCAUCAAACCCCCGCCACACCCUAUCCUGGACUCUCCCACGAACACCUCGACAGCUCCACACCUGCUGCAACCUGUCCUCCAGACACUUGACACAUCGUCCCUGCCGAGCUAUUUCUGGAGGUCGCUCGCAUCCAACAUGUCACCUAGGGUGCAGGAGUUAAUGUACAAGGGCGGUGUAUCUGCGAGGACGCUAAGGAGCAAUAAGGACAGGGUCAGAGACGCGGUGCGGGAUUGCGUGAAUCGGGGCACGCAGUUGCCCAGCGCUUCACUGAGCAAGGGCACAGGUGCAGUCGGCGGCUGGGAACGCGAAGCUGCCGUCAUGGUGGGGAGCAUCGUUGGGCAGAUCAAGUGA